UAUUAUUUAUAUAUUUAAAAAAAUUGGGUUUUACAGUCCAAACCGUUAUGGUUGGUCAAAAUCACUAUUCUUGGAAUUGAUCUUAUUGGAGAGUUAACCUCUGGUCGUUGGACACUUUGAAAGAAUCUCAACUCAAAAAGACAAAUUGGACAAAUGUCAUUCAUAGUAAAACAACAUGCUCUCAUAUGUGCAGAAUGUACAAUGUAAGAAUCCCUUUCUUGGCCGGCCAAGAGACAAACAACUAGUAAACAGAAAAUGAAUCAACGACGGCUGUGAGGGAAAUAGAUUAAACGAACAAGGAAACACAAAGAGCUCCGAUCCAUAAUCUGCUACCCUACUCAUACUCCUCUAAGAGCUCCAACCCAUAAUUUGUCAUGACACUUGACACUAUAUUCGAUUUACUAAACAACAAGGGGGCCACACAAGAUUGGAGUUAUUUGCAUCAAAAUUCACAACUAAAGAUCAUGACAAACAAGUGUAGAUAGCCUCUACGCUACCAAAGAGGGUAUCAAUGACAUUUGGCAGAUACUAGAAUGCAGGUAUUCUAAUUAAAGAAGCCUUUGUCAUACAUGGAUACAUAUGCAUAUAUGAAUGUUUGGUGCAUAUAUACAGUUAACUUUCAGAGUAGAGAGAGGAUUCACUGAUAUGAUGAGAAAAGGUGGAAUGUUUCAUUUUGCAGAUGGCACAGAUAAGCUUCUUUUGUUAUUUGGUACCUUAGGAUGCAUUGGAGAUGGGUUGAUGUCUCCCCUUACAAUGGUAAUCCUUGGUGGGAUCAUCGAUGAUUAUGGGAGUGGUGAUCUGACUUUCUCCAAUGACGUGGUGGACAAGUAUGCACUCAAGCUGCUCAUCCUAGCUAUUGGCGUUGCAGUAUCAGCUUUCAUUGAAGGAAUUUGCUGGACAAGAACUGCAGAAAGACAAACAUCACGUCUGAGGAUAGAAUACCUAAAAUCCGUACUCAGGCAAGAAGUCAGUUUCUUUGACACACAAGUUGGCUCUUCCACUAAUUUUGAAGUCAUCUCAGCCAUUUCUGGUGAUGCUCAAUUGAUUCAAGAUGUCAUGGCUGACAAGAUACCCAACUGUCUGGCUCACCUAUCAGCACUUGUAUUCAGCAUCAUAGUGAGUUUCAUACUUUCAUGGCGACUAGCUGUGGCUUCCCUUCCUUUUGCACUUCUGUUUGUCGUUCCUGUGUUAGGCUUUGGGGCCUCACUACAAGGUCUGGGGAUGAAGAUGAAGGAUGCUUAUGAUACAGGUGGUGGGGUUGCAGAGCAUGCAAUAUCAUCAAUCCGAACUGUUUAUUCUUAUGUUGGAGAACAUCAAACCAUUAAUAAAUUCAGCCAUGCACUUCAGACAAGUAUGGCACUAGGCAUAAAGCAAGGAUUUACAAAAGGUUUGAUGAUCGGGAGUAUGGGUAUGGUUUUUGUUGCUUGGGCAUUUAUAUCUUGGGUUGGAAGCUAUCUUGUUACCGAAAAAGGAGAAACAGGUGGUCGUGUUUUCGUUUCAGCAAUUUGUGUAAUCAUGGCAGGGCUUUCAGCUAUGAGUGCAUUGCCCAACGUCACAUUCAUUUCAGAGGCGAUAGCUGCUACCAAAAGAAUGUUUAAGAUGAUUUCACGGGUUCCUCUCAUAGAUUCUGAUAACUGGACAGGGAAAACGAUAGCAUCUGUGAGAGGAGACAUUGAAUUCAGGGGUGUUGAUUUCUCAUACCCAUCAAGACCAGAUACACCGAUCCUUCAAAAACUCAACCUCAAGGUGAAAGCUGGCAAGACAAUAGGUCUUGUGGGCAGCAGUGGAUCAGGGAAGUCGACAAUUAUUUCUUUGCUUGAAAGAUUUUAUGACCCUGUGAAAGGAGAUAUCCUUCUUGAUGGACACCGAUUAAAGGGCUUUCAGCUUAAAUGGUUAAGAUCUCAAAUGGGAUUAGUGAAUCAAGAGCCAGUGCUCUUUGCAACAUCAAUCAAGGAAAACAUACUUUUCGGCAAAGAAGGGGUUUCGGCAGAAAUGGUUGAGAUUGCAGCUAAAGCAGCAAACGCACACGAUUUCAUCAUCAAGUUGCCUGAUGCUUAUGAAACUCAAGUUGGACAGUUUGGGAUUCAAUUAUCCGGUGGGCAAAAGCAAAGAAUUGCCAUAGCAAGAGCUUUGCUAAAAGAACCAAGAAUUUUAUUGCUGGAUGAAGCAACAAGUGCAUUAGAUACAAAAUCUGAAAGAGUUGUUCAGGAGGCCCUAGAUCAGGCUUCAAUAGGGAGAACAACUAUAAUAGUUGCCCAUCGCCUUACAACAAUUCGUAAGGCAGAUAAGAUUGUGGUUCUCUGGUCAGGGAAAGUCAUUGAAUCUGGUACACAUGACGAGUUAAUGCAUAAGAACAACAAAAAAGAAGGUGGUGCCUACUACCAAAUGGUGUUGUUACAGCAAUCAGCAACACAUAAUGAAUCUGGCUCCCCUGAUUCUCUAUAUCCACCAAUCCGACAACAACCUCAUGGAAGAGAUUUCAAUCCCCAAUUUGCCCGGAGUCCGAUUGGUGCAAGAUCAAGCUUGCAAAACAGCCCAAUGUCCCCCUUCUGCCCAACAGUAAUUAUGAGUAUGGCUCAUUCUGUCCAAAUGUAUUCUUAUCAAGAAAGUGAUGGCGAAUACUUAAGUGACAUACCUGAUCGUAGUCCUUCACAAUGGCGUCUCUUGCAAAUGAAUGCUCCCGAGUGGAAACGAGCCUUUCUUGGGUGCCUAGGAGCCACUGGUUUUGGGGCUAUAUCACCAAUACAUGCGUAUUGUUUGGGAUCAGUUGUCUCAGUAUACUUCUUGCCCGAUAAGGCCAAAGUGAAAUCAGAUACAGCGUUUUACUGUAUAAUUUUUGUAGUUUUGGGAGUCGUUUGCUUUGUCGCCAACCUACUUCAACAUUAUAACUUUGCAGUUAUGGGAGAGCGUUUAACCAAGAGGGUGAGAGAAAAAAUGCUUGGAAACAUCCUCACGUUUGAAGUUGGAUGGUUUGAUAAAGAUGAGAACACGAGUGCAGCAAUUUGUGCCCGGCUUGCAACUGAAGCUAGCUUGAUAAGGUCUCUCGUUGGAGAUCGCAUAUCGUUGCUCCUUCAAGUCUUUGUCAGCGCAUUUCUUGCUUUUAUUAUUGCAUUGAUAAUCACUUGGAGAGUAGCCAUUGUCAUGAUUUCAGUGCAACCAUUGCUCAUAGCAAGCUUCUACUCCAAGACUGUUCUGAUGAAAAGCAUGUCCACAAAAGCCAAAAAGGCACAGAACGAAGGCACUCAACUAGCAAGUGAGGCAGUGGUAAAUCAUAGAACAAUCACUGCCUUUGCUUCUCAACAAAGAAUCGUGAGACUAUAUGCAGAAACGCAGAAAGGACCACGGAAGGAAUGCAUUAAACAGUCAUGGUUCUCGGGUCUGGGCUUGUUCACUUCCCAAUUUGUGACAACAGCUGCAAUAUCGUUGGCAUAUUGGUAUGGUGGAAGAGAAAUGAAUAAAGGAUUGGUAACCGCAAAACAAAUGUUCCAGGUCUUCUUCAUCUUGAUGACCACAGGCAAGAACAUUGCAGAUGCAGGAAGCAUGAGUUCUGAUUUAUCAAAGGGUGGAGGUGCAGUUAAGUCGGUGUUAGCAGUACUGGACAGAAAAACGGAGAUCGACCCAGAUGACUCUGAAGGUUUGAAAGUAAGGAGAAUCAAUGGUCAUAUAGAGCUGAUGAAUGUACACUUUUCCUACCCAUCAAGGCCUGAGCAAAUGAUCUUUCAGGGCCUGUCUUUAAAAAUUGAAGCUGGAAGAACAGUAGCACUUGUGGGUCAAAGUGGUUCGGGUAAAUCCACCAUCAUUGGGUUAAUAGAAAGAUUCUACGACCCAAUAAAAGGAUGCAUACUCGUUGAUGCACGAGACUUGAAAAACUACAAUCUGAGACAUUUGAGAUCACAUAUUGCACUAGUGAGCCAAGAACCAACCCUUUUCGCUGGAAGUAUCCGUCAUAACAUCAUCUAUGGUAAAGAGGAAGCUAGUGAAGCUGAGAUCAUGAAAGCAGCAAAGCUUGCAAAUGCCCACGAGUUUAUAAGUUCUAUGAACGAUGGAUACGAAACUUACUGUGGAGAAAGAGGGGUGCAGCUAUCAGGAGGCCAGAAGCAGAGAGUUGCACUUGCUCGAGCAAUACUCAAGAAUCCAGCAAUCCUUCUGUUAGAUGAGGCAACUAGCGCACUCGAUAGUGCAUCGGAGAAUCUGGUGCAAGAAGCAUUGGAGAAGAUGAUGGUUGGCAGGACUUGUGUAGUAGUUGCACAUCGACUAUCAACCAUACAGAAAUCUGAUUCCAUAGCUGUGAUUGAAAAUGGAAAAGUUGCGGAGCAAGGAUCACACUCCGAACUGCUUUCAAUGGGGAAUAUGGGUUCCUACCACUCUCUCAUAAAGCUGCAACACAUAUGA